AUGCGUUCAGGUGCAGGAUCUUUUCUUUGUGCUCCACGAGCAUGCAGUACUAAUCCAGCACAAGCGGACCAAGCACAUUUCCUGAAAGAUGAAGUAUUUGACAAUCACAUUCCACUGCAACCUCCUUCAGGGCCAACAACUUCAACGGGUCAUCUGCUGACGCCGUCAUCGACGCCUACGGCGCAGCGCAAAAAUCGACGGAUCUCCAAUUUGUUUAGACCAAAGGAUCAUGGUCACGAGGACAAGUCGCAUCGCUCGACAAUCGAUGUCAAUAUGGGUAUGGGCCGAACAAUCCCGGUGAAGCAGGGUCAUUUAUACAAACGAAGCAGCAAAACACUGAACAAGGAAUGGAAGAAGAAAUACGUCUGUCUUCACUCCGACGGCCGUCUUUCGUAUCACCAGACGCUGAAGGAAUACAUGGAAAAAGAUGCCAGUGGUAAAGAAGUUUUCUUGGGUUUGGCGACAGUUCGGGUUGCUGGACGUCAAAAGCCACGAAAUACUCACCGAACUCAAACUCAUGUGCUACCUGGUCGAGAUUUGCAUAACAAUAAAAAUGCAGGGACUAAGCAACGAGAAUCACUUGAUCCGCGACUGGCACUUAGCAUUGCGAGUGCUUGUGACGCAUCAACGGGCCAGGAUAACAAAGCAUUCACCGAUGAGCCAUGUACUAAUGGUGAAGCACCUGUGACAACUUCCGCGAGCAGCGCCAAAAAAAAGAAAGGCCACCGUCGGCUUGGAUCGGCUGUUAAAAAUGAUGAAGAAGAUGAUUGUGAGUUUGAAAUUGUAACCUGUGAUCAGAAGCGCUGGGAGUUUUCGGCAACAUCGCCGGAAGAGCGUGAUGAGUGGGUUGCUGCCAUCGAAGAGCUGAUUGGAAAAUCACUGCAAGCUCAGAUGAGCCAAAAGCAAAAUGGUCGCUUACAUGGGAACAAAACUGAGUCUCUUCCAUUAUUCCUACAGUCAUUCCUUCUGUACUAA